CGCAAGCCAACGGAAGGGACAGGGUUCCUCAUUCCAGACGAUGGACAGAUCUGGGCGGCAGUUUCCAAGAAUGGGCCCACGAACCACUGGCACACCCUCUCCUUCCUUUUCGCCCUCCGGGACGUCAACCAGAAUCCCAGCCUCUUGCCCAACCUCACCCUUGGCUACAACGUCUAUGACAACUAUUUCGAUGUGGGGACGACGUACGCAGUGACGGCGGACCUCCUCUCCACUGGGAAAGCCAACAUCCCCAACUACUCCUGUGGGCAAAGGGAGGAUCUCCUGGUCCUCCUGGAAGGGCAGGAAUCAGAGAUUUCCAAAGAGAUUUCCACCCUGUCAGGCCUCUACAAAAUCCCGCAGGUCAGUUACAGCUUUGGGUCCCACCUUCUUCACGAUAGAACCCAGUAUCCAUUCAUCUACCGGAUGGUCCCCAAAGACGAACACCACUAUCUCGGGAUCGUCCAGUUGCUGCUGCAUUUCAGAUGGAACUGGGUCGGCCUCAUCACGCCAGACACUGACGAUGGGGAACAGUUCAUACAGACGAUGACCUCCUUGCUCCUUAGCAAUGCCAUAUGCACAGCUUUCUCAGUUCGGACUCCGGUCCAGAAAAAAAUCAUAGAAAUGCCUCCAGACCUAUUGAUCAAGUGGAACAAGGCCAGGAUACUCAUUUACUAUGGGAAACUUCGCUUCUUCUACGCUACCAUAGUAGUUUUGCUACUUUGGACUAAAGGCAUGGCAACGUUCCCCGUGGGGAAAGUCUGGAUCACGACUGCCGUCUGGGACCUCACUCCAAACUUGUCUUAUGAUGUUCUGGCUUCUCCAGAGAUCUAUGGCUUUUUCUCCUUCCUCAUCCAUAGAGAGAAAAGGGCAAGACAAGAGGAUUUUGACCCCUUUUUUUCUGCUACAUGGGAAUUUUUUCUGAGUUCGUUUACCUGCUCCUAUUCCAAGCAUCCGUUGUCCGUGAAAGAGCGGUUGAGGUGCCAAGAAGCAGAGAGGCUGGGGGCCCUGCCCAGAGAAUGGGUUGAGGAAACUCUGUCGCUUGAUGGCUACGCCAUUUACAACCUGGCCCACGCAGUAGCAAGAGCCCUGAAGGCUGCAUUGUCAUCCUCUGGACUCAGGCGGAUGGCCCGGUUGGGUGGCCAGAGGCUAGGACACCCAAGAAUGCAGCCGUGGCAGCUUCACCCUUUCUUGGGAAACGCCCACUUCUACAACACUUCCAUGGAUGGGGUGUUUCUGGACGAGAAGGGGGAACUGGGAGCCCACUUCGAUGUAGUGAACUGGAUGGUCUUUCCCAAGAACAAGUCUUUUGACGCCGUAAAGUUUGGGAAGGUGGAAGGCCAGGCAUCAGGAGCCAUAAAAUUCACCCUUGACCCGGACACCCCUCAAUGGCUCCCCUUUUUUAGCCAGGAAUAUUUGGGGAUCAUCCUGGUUUCUUUUGCCCUGUGUUUCUCCAUCAUCACAGCUUCUGUUUUAGGAAUCUUCAUCAAGAACCAAGAGACUCCACUGGUCAGAGCCAACAACCGGGACCUCUCCUACAUCCUUCUCGUCUCCCUCUUGCUUUCCUUCUUCUCCUCCUUCCUCUUCAUCGGCCGGCCAAGGAAAGCCACCUGCCUCCUCCGACAAACGGCCUUCAGCAUCAUCUUCUCCAUUGCCGUCUCUUCGGUGUUGGCCAAAACCAUCAUGGUGGUGCUGGCCUUCCUGGCCACCAAGCCCGGGAACAGAGCCAGGAGGUGGCUGGGGAAGAGUCUGGCCAACGCCGUCAUCCUUUCUUGCUCCGGUGGUCAAAUGGUCAUCUGCUCCAUCUGGUUGGGGACCUCUCCUCCAUUCCCGGACGCUGACCUGCACUCCCAGCCUGGGGAGAUCACCCUGCAAUGCAACGAGGGGUCUGUGGCCAUGUUCUACACCGCCCUCGGCUACCUGGGCUUCCUGGCUGCCGUCUGCUUCACGGUGGCCUUCCUGGCCAGGAAGUUGCCCGGGGCCUUCAACGAGGCCAAGCUGAUCACCUUCAGCAUGCUGGUCUUCUGCAGCGUUUGGGCGUCUUUUGUCCCCACCUACCUGAGCACCAGGGGCAAGUUCAUGGUGGCCGUGCAGGUCUUCUCCAUCUUGGCCUCCAACGCUGGCCUCCUGGGCUGCAUCUUCAUCCCCAAGUGCUACGUUGUUGUCCUCAGGCCCCACCUGAACACCAAAGAGCAUUUGAAACAUUCAAGGUAG